AUGGGACCAAAACCUGAGGACAUUUUAAAUGGAUUCCAAGUCAAUUGGAUGAAUUUAAGAGACGCCGAUACGGGAGUUAUAUUAUGGCAAGGCACCGAGGAUCUAUCAUUACCUGACAAAGAACACGAAGCCAAAGUACCAAAAAAGAUAUUGAAGUGUAGAGCUGUAUCCAGGGAGAUAAAUUUUUCAUCUGUAGAACCUAUGGAAAAACUAAGGUUACAACAAAAAGUACUGUUUAAGGGUCGUUGUCUUGAAGAAUGGUAUUUUGAAUUUGGUUUUGUUAUUCCUAACUCUACUAACACUUGGCAGUCACUUAUUGAAGCAGCACCUGAAUCACAAAUGAUGCCUGCAAAUGUUCUUAAUGGUAAUAUUGUGAUAGAAACAAAUUUCUAUGAUGACGAUCUACUGAUAUCAUCAUCAAAAGUUCGACUGUAUUAUGUUUAA